GUUUUUGGAUUGUGAGAAUGUCUCAUUCCCCUCACAAACAACCACAGAACCACAAGUGCGGUGCACGAGAUUUCCCCAGGACGAUAGGAGGGAGCCACUGGGGCGUAAAUGGUUAAUCGGAGUGGGUCAACCCCAGUCACAGAGACCCAACAAGUCAUUUAGGACUUCGAGGGUCACCACGACCUCCAGAAGAGGAGAGAGCCGACGUGUGGCUAUGGCGUCUAACAGUCUUUUCAGCUCGGUGACUCCAUGUCAGCAGAACUUUUUCUGGGACCCGAACACCAGCCGCAGGUUCAGUCCGCCGUCCAGCAGCCUUCAGCCGGUGGCGGGGAAGAUGAGCGAUGUGCAGCAGGAGCCGAACGCGGCGGUGCCGAGACUCCGACAGCACGACAACCGAACCAUGGUGGAAAUCAUCGCGGACCACCCCGCCGAGCUCGUGCGCACGGACAGCCCCAACUUUCUGUGCUCAGUGCUGCCGUCUCACUGGAGGUGCAACAAAACUCUCCCGGUGGCGUUUAAGGUUGUUGCUCUGGGAGAUGUUCCUGACGGGACCGUGGUGACAGUUAUGGCAGGGAAUGACGAGAACUACUCGGCAGAGCUGCGAAACGCCUCAGCUGUCAUGAAGAAUCAGGUGGCGCGUUUCAACGACCUGAGAUUUGUUGGCAGGAGUGGAAGAGGAAAGAGCUUCACGCUGACAAUCACAGUAUUCACAAACCCACCGCAAGUGGCGACUUACCAUCGAGCCAUAAAGGUCACAGUGGACGGACCGCGGGAGCCGCGAAGACACAGACAGAAAAUGGAAGACCCCCCAAAACCGCCGCUGUUCUCCGAGCGCCUGAGCGAGUUAGAGCGUUUACGCCAGACCAGCAUGAGAGUUGCCGUGCAAACCCAGAGUCCCCGGCCGUCUCUCAACGCCACGCCGAACUCCUUCAAUCCACAGGGGCAAACUCAGAUCUCAGAUCCGCGGCAGGCACAAUCCUCUCCGCCCUGGUCCUACGAGCAGCCGUACACUCCAUACCUGAGCCAAAUGACAUCUCCCUCCAUCCACUCCACCACCCCGCUGUCCUCCACCCGCGCCACGGGCCUGCCCACCAUCAGCGACGUGCCAAGACGCCUCUCAGGUGCGUCAGAUCUCAGUCCCUUCUCGGCCGACCCUCGGCAGUUUGAACGUCAGUUUCCCGGUCUGUCCACGCUCACGGAAAGCCGUUUCCCCAGUCCCAGAAUGCACUAUCCUACGACGUUCACGUACACCCCCACUCCGGUCACCUCCGGCAUGUCUCUGGGCAUCUCCACCAACACCCACUACCACACCUACCUGCCUCCCCCGUACCCCGGCUCCACCCAGAACCAGAGCGGGCCCUUCCAGACCAGCAGCACGCCCUAUCUCUACUACGGCGCCUCGUCCGGGUCGUACCAGUUCUCCAUGGUGCCGGGGGGAGACCGCUCCCCUUCCAGGAUGCUUCCGCCUUGCACUAGCGCGUCCACCGGCAGCUCCCUCAUCAACCCAAACCUGCCCAACCAGGCGGACGGGGGCGAAGCGGACGGCAGUCACAGCAGCUCGCCCACCGUGCUCAACUCCAGCGGCAGGAUGGACGAGUCCGUUUGGCGACCCUAUUGAGACGAACCGUCUCAAUAGGCUCAAUAGGGUCCAAUAGAGACCUCAACGCAGCACUGUUAGCCUUAAAGACAGAGUGCGAGAGAUAGUUGCAUUUAGGCAUGAUCGGAUUUGAAGCACAAACUCGUUGGUACUCAUUGUUGAAUGGUUGCAGUGUAUUUUAUGACUACACUGAUGUUGUUUUGAUUUUCUAAUACGGAUGACGAUUUAUGGCAUUAGUCUGAUUCAUCUGACAUUCCACACCGGCUAUCGGUGAUAUAGCAAACGCCGGUCACUGAAUUUAAAAGGAAUAGUUCACUCAAAAAAUUCAAAUGUACUGCCUCAUAUCGUUUUAAAAGGAUUUUUAGUACAACUUUAGAUAAUACACAGCUCUUAAAGAGAUUGUUCACCCAAAAUGUCAAAUUCUGUCAUUAAUUACUGAGAUGAAAUCUGAGAGAUUCCUGUCCCUCUGUUGUCAGCUAUGCAACUACUACUUUGUCGCUUCAAAGAGCUCAUAAAGAGAUUGUAAAACUAAUCCAUAUGAAUUGAGCGGU